AUGAAGUUCACCAUUGCUCUCGCCAUCGCUGCCUUGACUACCUCCACUAUCGCAGCAGACUGUUCUACCCUCAGACCACUCUACUCCCAAUGUGGUGGUGUUCAAUACACCGGUUGCGGAACGUGCGCUAACAACGCUAUUUGUACCUACGUCAACGCCUACUACUCCCAGUGCUACCCAAAGCCCUAUUAA